UUUUUGCUUUUUCUCCAACCGGUGAGUAGCAUAAGGGAAUAUAUCUGUUUUAUAAAACAUGAAUAUAUUAUGCGAAUUUCUUUUUUUCUUAUUCCAGUUACGUCGUGUGCAUUAAAUAUCUUGUUCUAUCUCGAACUUCGUACAUACAUGUGAUUUAUAUACUUUCGAUCAGCCGCGACAAAGGAUUUACUUUCCCUUUCAAUUACUUCCACCUCGAGUGAAAAGGAGAGAAGGUACAAAAUCGAGAGAGAUGGAGAGAGGCUAGGGAAAGGGAAAAAAGUGGAAACGGUUUUUGGUCGGCAAUCUACCAGUAAAUUAAAAAGGAUACCUGCGUUCAAAGAAAAGAAAAGGGAGAAAUGAAUAAUUGAAUUUAAAUAAGGAAGGACAAUGAGAGGGAACAAGAGAAAAUUAGAAAAGAAAGUUGCAUCCACGAAAUUUUUCAACCAAUUCGGACCACCCUGGAGAUCAACAGCCAUGUUCCAAUCGAUCCACCCGCUUACCCAGUGCGAUAUCGUCUCGAUAAUGCUCUGGGCGUAAUUUUCAGCUCGUGACCACGAGCCGAGUUCGACCUUUUGAUCUUGAAUUCGAAUACUUGAUCGUCAAUUUUGGCGGGUAUGAAAGUUUAGGAAACAUUUGGUGGGUUUCAUCCAGUCGGUUCGUGUGCGCAAUGCCGUCUAAAUACCAGUGUACCCCGGUACCCGCCACCAAUCUUCUACCCUCUGGAUCACCCAUUAUAACUUUUGGCCAAUCGGGUAACAGGUGUCUCAUACCGUCGCCUAUUAUUAUGCUCAAAUUACCGUAACCACCUUCUUCGAGAAUCGGUGAUAGGAAAUUUAUAACCCAAUCACGUUCAUCGGCCGCUGACCACCCCAUCAACGCUAUUGGCGGUGAGAGAAAUCCUAACAUGGGUUCGUUUUGGGGGGUCAAACCCCAGAAAUCGAGGCCUUCCUUUCGCGUGAAUGGAAGGAGAGGCUUACUUCGCGAAGUAGUUCGCCCACAUCUGCCAGUACUCUCUUUUCAAUGAACUUGGACCAGUCCACUGACCGUUUGUUUUCAUCCAAGGUGAAGCGCUCCAAGGUGACGCGAUUAAUUUCAUUCUUCUGUCGUUCAAUUCGAACGCUUUCUUCAGGAAUGGAAUCUACGAUAGAAACGUGGUUGAUAUUCAAUUUAUUGGAUACAAAUCACCGUUCAAAACUGUAACCUCUGGUAGAAAAGUCGGUCGCUCCCAUCGGUACUCUGAUUAGAUUGUACUGUAUCCCAUCCUCGGAGAAAAAGGAUCUAUGCGAAGAUCAAAGAUGAGAAUAACCAACGAUCGAUUUAGGUGGAAAAAAAAUUUUUCAUCUCACUUCAAAAACUCCUCCUGAGCGGAUUCGGACAAGUCUCGAAUGUUCAUCCCCGCCGCGUCAGUUGCUGAGGUACCAAAACCGAUAAUCUCUUGCUACUACUGAAAAACUUGAUAUUCUUACUCACCGGUGGGAUUUUUCUUCGCAAAAUUUCCCUCGGAUAUAAGAAAUCUCUGACCAUUCUUACCGGACGACACCAAAGUGUAUUUCCCUUCUCCACGGGGUUGAAAAACUUGAGGCACGUCGUCGCAGUAUGUGGAAUUGCAGACGCAAUAAACGCUGCUUGACAUCGAAGGGUUCGUUGGUUUUCUUGGAGAACAUCUCCGAGGUUCGCCGAGGGCUGUAAAAUCGAAUUUCUGACGUCAAAUUUCGUCUGUCCCUAUACCAAGGACUCAACGAAUCGCAGAAUAAUUUCGACUAUUCUUGGAAUCUGAACGAGCCAUUUUCAGAGACCGAAUAAAAAAUAGCACGAAGCAAAGAAAUACAAGAGAAUGUCAAAUUGGAAAUACCUGCAAUGAUCGUCGUCGUCGUAACCGGUAGCAACUGCAGACGUGGUACUAUCUGCUCUCGUGGUCCAGCAACAGCAUCACCAUCACCACCAUCGGCAGCAGCAGCAGCAGCAGCAGCAUCAGGAACGGCAACGGCUGAGGCUGCGCGGAAAAAUCGAUAACAGAAACGUCGGAGACGUUGGGAAAACGGCGGCGGUGGGUGCAGGAAGGUACAGGAAGAGAGAUGUUGGCGAGGGGCGAGGGGGGCAGGAGGAAGCAGAGGAGGAGGAGGAGGAGGAGGAGGAGGAAGAGGAUUUACGGUGCCGAGAGGCUAACAGAGAGGGUGAAACAGUCACCAUCGAACCGGCAACCGGAACAGAACGAAUUUGGUCCCUUGUUAACGCGGGCAUUUCGAAUUUAAUCAUUGCACCAAUGAUCUAGCAUCAUCUACACAUUUUGGGCACGGAUAGCAUACGGACAGACACAUCCGGAUUCAUUACUGAUUAUAACUAUUUACCAUUAAAAGAAACCUAUAAAAAAAAAACGAACCCUGGACAUUGGUUUGGAGAGGAAUAAAAAGUGAUGCAAGAAUAACAUAUAUACGUUAUGGAGAAGAAGCAGUUUGUAAUUGGAAGAUGAAAACUUUGUGACUGGGAGACGAGAAGAAGGAUAAGAAGAGGAACGAAAAUAAAAAGAAAUUAAGAUACAAGAUAAAUAUGAAGGGACCCUGAUAAUCAUGAACGCAGUCAGACCUGCAGGAUUCCUGCAGGAGGUGUGGGAGGAACACCUGAACCCGGAGUCUUUUUUGUUAUCCGCCACGACGCCUCAGGUAAUCCCGGCUUUCGGCGACGACGUUCUCGCGGAUGUCGAGAAGCCGGGUCACGGGGAUCUCGUACAACGCAAGGGUAAUCGACCGCCAAAAGCUAUACUCCCGGCCAUCUUAUGUACAUACAUACCGUAGACAUAACACUGUCAAAAUGGAAGGGGAGGCGAAGGGGCCGACAGAAAACCACGAACCACCCUAUGUUCGUUGUUCGACGUAUUUAGGGACGACGAUGCCAACUUCAAAGGGUUGUUGUUUUAAAAUGGCACAGAGAUGGUGGAGCUGUCAAGCUAACAUGGCGAACUGUCAAUGCGGAACAAUGAUAAAGCAUCUGGUCGGUUGUCGUUUGUAUCACCGUGAUCAUCGUCAUCAAGAAGAACAAAACGAAGCUGAAAUAUUGUCAAUAAUUUGUCUGCAGUCGAUCGUAAGGGAGGGAUUAGUUACGAUAGUUGAAAAACGAUUAUCGUCAAAGCCUGAAGAUGAAUUUCCAAAUGGAAAUAUUCUUACGAAAACUGAACUGCGUUCCAGAAAUAUCACGAGAAAGUCAGCCAAUGGUUUUUUAAAUCCAAAUUCAUCGUACCCACGUAUCCCCUGUAACCCAUUCGAUUAUUGUAAAUUCAACGAGUAAAAUGAACAGGCGGGAAGAUCCGCUUUUGCGUCAGCAUCGCAGCAGAUUGAUGCAGUUGGUUGAAGUUACGAACAUCAGACCAGGUCGCGGAAACGGAAAACGUCGGGGCCAGAGAGCCGCGCAGGGAUCCAGUCCCGGCAACGCUGGAAACGGUGGAUCCGGCAGCAGAGUGACUCUGCAGGACAUCGUGAGGAGCGAUCCAGGCUACACGUCGAAUAUAGAACACCUGGUGUUUCCCGAAAGAAAGAAUAGCAACCCGAACUUGGCUCCCGGAGGAGGCGUUUCACCGCCCGCCAAUAAAAUUAAGGGAAACAAUAAACCGGGAAAUUUGGUAACGGCUAAUUCUCUGGGAAGAACAAAUUCUUCUUCCACGUCUUCCUCUGGUAUGUCACGCAUCGCCGAAGUUUUCGCUCGUCAUUACGCCCGCGGCUCUUCUCAGGAUUCCAAUUCUGCCCUGCAGACAUCCAGAAAAAAUCACGUGAACAGCGCUUCCCUGGACAGCGGGGUUACCGGAAGCGUCAGACAGCAAAUUCCCGCAUCUUCUGGAACGAGCGGUUCGGGUACCGGUAGAGGAACGAACGGAGAUCGUGGUCGAUGGCUUUCAGCGGGUACUAAGAAAUCCCAGACUUCUCAUUCCCAACAAAAUCCAUCUCAGCCGGCUCGACAGCACUCUGCAGAGGACGGUCUGAGCAGUCGAGGGGACAGCAGCGGUCCCCAUAAGGCCCCACGGCGUCAGCUCAGUCCCUCCGUGGACCCCGUCGAACACUCGGCCACGCCGAUCGCACCGCGUUCCUCCGAAAGGGGCCCAAACGUAUCGAUACUGCAUCUGCGGGGCGCUUCCCUAGAUCCAAGAGAUUCCACGAACCCCCAGAUUACGUCUGGUUCCUCUUUAACGUCGAAACAGCAGGUGGCCGUAUCCUGCGGCAAAUCCGGGAGCACCGGAGUUUCUUCCAGAAGCGGUUCUUCUUAUAACCGUGGGACGAACGUUCCCGGUAUUAUCGGUCGUCUGGACGGCGCCGGUUCGGGAUCCUCGACGUUCCCGUCCUCCGCGUCCGUAGCCGCGAAGUCCCGCAAUCAGGAUAGCCAAGAGAAUCGCUCGUCCACGGUCGGAGGCAAUCACCAGCGUAGACGCGACGACAACUUCCUCUCGGGAAGCGGCGGAACGUCCGGCGAACUUUUUGCCAGCGGAAAUUGCAGCCGGGAACUUUCGCCGGUGCGUUGGUGCGACCGCGAGGUAGACGGCGUUUAUCUCGGCAGGUCGGGGUGGGUUCAAGUGCAGCAGAGAUCGCUCGACGAGAACAGGAGAAUGGGCUACGAAACCGCCGCCGCCAACGCCGCCAUCUCUACCUUGCCGCUGCCCAGGAGGACCGUGAAGCUCGCCGACUACCACUGCAGCAACAGCGAGCCGGGCAACUGUCCGGAUCUCGUCUUCGGCUCGCCCAGACCGGAUUUUCUGGCGCUCCACGCGGCCGCCCAGGAUCUGGAACCCCCGCCGGUCAGGACGUCCCCGCAUUCCAUACCGGAGUCGUUCUCCCCGCCUUCGAUCACGCCGAUCAUAUCGCCGCCGCCGGCCUUUCAGGACACCGCCAGCAGAAAGACGAACAAUCGAAACGUUCGCGGCAGACACGGAUUCGGGAAGCCGCCGUUUCUGCCGAGGUCGAACGCCAUCGUGGACAGCGACGUGAUCAGCCCACCGCCCUCUCAGUCGCCCUCGCCCUCGAUCUCGCCCUGCCUGUCGCCGUCCGCGAACGUCGUCAAUUGGGGAUCUCUGGUCUCCUCGCCGACGAGGGGCAAUCCGGGCGGUCGGGUCGCCAGGAGGCAGACUCCUUCGCCGGGGUCGACGACGCCCGGACAACAGCAGCAGCAGCAGCCCUACAGACUGGCGCAGGCCAAGUCCCUGGAGGAUCAAACGGGUAGUUGCAGGAGAUCUCAGUUCGUGCAGAGGUAUAAGGAGUCGUCGUCCUCCUCCUCGUCGUCCCUCGGAUUCCGGAGUCUCGACAGUUGCGUCAGCAGAGGCGCGGCUAUGCCCAGACUCGCCGAGAACACCGACUCGUCCGUAGAGGGUUACGAGGACGGCGACGAGGACGACAAUCCCAGUUCGUCGGCGAACCCGUUGCCCGCGGGACUGGCGAACCUCUCCCCCGAUCCGGGUAGAUCCAACGGAUCGGAAAGGAUAUCCCCUUCGUCCGGACGACCCGGAAGAGGCGGACAGUAUCACUGCAGCAGAGGUCAGAUACCCUGCCGACGUUCUCCGGGGUCUGCGGGCGAGGGCGGCAAGCAAAUGGCUUUCAAUUCACCGUCGUCCUCGUCGUCCUCUUCGGGGAGCAACGACAGACAGGGGAGAUCACCCACCCCGAAUCCCGGCUACAGGAAAAAUAACAACACCGCCAACACCGCCAACAACAACAACAACAACAACAACGGCGGACAGUCGAGGCAAAGGAUGAAUCAACCCUCGUCGCCCGAGUCGCUGCAGACCAGAGUGAGGAGGUCGAGGAGUCUUCAACUACCGGAAAGAAGAUCGCCCGGUAACGGGGCACCCCAGUUACACGCCAGGGGACAUUUCAGGGACAACGCCAACGAUCAACACAGACUCGUCGUCAAGGUACCGGCGAACAGCGAACGAAACAGCACGGAGAGAUCGAAACGACACGUUUUGCCCAAUCGCAAGGCGCAGUCGACGGACAGCGCGUUGAACGACGAACUUCUUCGGGAGGCCGAAGUGGUGACGGAAUUUCUUUACGGGACGCGGAGUCGCGCGGCUGCCCGAAAUCUUUUGACGAGCCGUCAGUACGAACGUAGGGACGAACAGGUGGGCCAGGAGCAAAGGAGAUCGGGCACCGGUUCGGGGUCCUACGAGGUUUAUUUCGUACCGCCGAAUUCGCAACAGCAACAAAGACAGCAGCCGAAGCAGGGCCAUCAGGGUAACAACAAGCCCAACCAGCGGCCGAGGACCCUGCAGAGGGGAAGUGCGACGCCGAACGCCUCCGAUUUAUCGCCGGGUGAACAACAGGAGAUAACGGGGACCCGCGCGAGUCCCGAAUCUCAGUCGAGAUGCAACGGCAGUACUUGUAGCUUUUGGCCCUACUGUUCUCAGAGGGAUUCGCAGCUCUACUCGCCGGGUCAGAGCGCGGGCGCCCCGGCGAGUGGAACUUUUUCUGGAUCAAGUGGUAACAUGAGAGCUUCUCAGAGUUAUCCAGCCCACAAUAGACUGACCCUUCAGGACACAGGGCAGCUACACGGAACGUCGGUUGGCAAGAAUAGCGCGUCUUCGUCGCCGGCGUCCUUGGAACAGGUGGACGACAGAGAAUCGUUGAGUAAGAAUCGCGAGAAAAGAAAUCGGCCGAGGGAUCAAGCCGAGGUGACGUCGUCGUCGUCGUCCUCGUGGAACAAGGUCGUCGAUUCCAGGGAGAGGGACAGGGGCGAAAGGUCGACGCAGAAAAGUUUGUCGUUGAAGUCCGUAUCCCGUAGAUCGCCGGGCAGUAACGGCGGGACGUUGGAAUCUAAUCGUAAGUCGGCGAACGGUAAUUUCGAAGGGUCUUCGUUAGGCCCGAACAAACUUUCCCCGUGCAGCGGCGGCGUCGCUACGCCCUCCACCUCGUCGUCGUCGUCCAGCAGCGAUAUCUGGGUAACGACGUCGGACAGGACGGUCACCAAGAGUCCCAGAAACGCGAAAAGUUCGGGCGCUUCUACCCCCAUGGAGGACGCGAUGAUAGGACCCUUCGCCGGUCUUCCGGACACCGGAAGGGACGCCAUUCUGUCGAGACCGGGCAGCGCCCCGGCCCAGAGGGAGGAAACUGGAAACGAGGACUCUCCUUUGGACCCUCAGCAGAGAUCUUUGUCGCUUCCGAAGUCCUUCCUCGCGCGCAACGACCUCGAAAGCAGAAGCAGCAGUAACGCAGGUUCGACACCUUGGCAUCGCGGUUUCAACGAUUAUCAAAGAUCUACGACGAGUCCGAACAAUUGUCCGAUACAACAGGAUAUUCAACCACCUCACACAGCACCAGUUUCGCCUUUACACGAACACCUGGGUGGUCUGCACGGAUUGAAGGAUCGACGCAGAGCUCCAACCCUUAACAAGGCUCAGCGACGCGCAAAGGCGUCCAGUACCCCGGCUCUUCUCGACCGAGAUCAGGACGGCCGUCAGUGGUCAGCCGAUGAGGAGGAGAGGGUUGUCGGUUUACCGAUUGCAACCGAACAUCCUACGGUAGAAGCAUCUAUACCACUCGUAGGUAGUCAUCAUCAACAGCUGAGGGUGCAACAUCACGAUCACGAUUCGGGAAUAAUAUCAUUGGGUGUUACCGGUAAUAUCGGUAGUCAGGUACAAUUGCAUCAGGUGGUUUCUGUUCACGGGGGCGGUGUUACCGGUGCGGUUGUAAACAGACAUCAACAACAACAACAGAGUAGCGCGGCCGCUGUGCAGAACAAUCAAGAGAGUGUUUUGCAGAAAUUUCGAAAAAGCUUCUCGCUCAGAUUCAACAAAAAGGGAAGCAAGGAAAGCUCCGAAGGUGGCGAUGGGCCUGGCAACGACGAAUCGAACAUUUUGAACAUCGACGAUGACGACGAAAGGGAACCACCCCCGCCCCCGGCACCCCAACAAUUGAUAACGCAGAACUCGAUGCAGAAUAAAGAGGAUCAAACGAGUGAUCAAAAAUUCCGAUUCGGUCCUUUGGUUUGGAGGACGAGCAAGGAGAGAAAAAAAAAUAGCAAAGCUGCUAGGAACGCCAAAUGCAACAGCGGUGACAGUGGUAUACAAAUUGAGAUGGUAUCUGGUGGAGCGUUGACUGGGGGGAUUGGAGGCAGCGGGGGAGGCGCGCAAGGUGCCGGUGAUAGCUCUGAAUCUCACGACACCGACGCUCCAGAUGACAUGGACAGCCCUCCCGCUCUCCGGAGAAGAGUUACCGACAAAUCUAGACCCCAGUCCGAGCUCAUCAACCAGAUACUUAUAGACAAAUUCAAGGCCGAUCUUCAGAGCAGAACAAGUCGUCAUCAUCACGUAAGAAGAACGAACAGCGAUCUUGGGGGGCAAAGACUUCUCCAAUGGGAUACGAGAUCAGGAUAUAGCCAAACUCAUAAUUAUCGCAGAAUGUUGUCCACCCCAUCGCCCAUCAAAACCAGACCACCAAGACUCAGUCCGAGGCAUUCCUCCAACGAUAUUGUUACACUGAGAAAUAACUCGAAGGGGAGGAAUGUCAGGACCAAUUUAAGACGUUCCCUGAGUCAACCACUGGGCAUUAAUCAACUAUCACCAUUGAUGCGCACCAGAACCGCAGGUGCCAGAGUGCCCGGUGGUAAUGUGCUGUCAGAAGAUGAGCACGAUCCUAGAUGCGGUGGAGGUACAUCGGAGGAUGAAAUGAUGUCCGAUUCGGAAACCUCCGUAGCUUCUUUGUCGGACAGAAAAAAAUCUAUGGAACAAACCAUGGAAGAGGAUAUAGCUAUACUCGCAGAAGCUGUUUGGGACCACGUUGCGAUUGAUCCAGAAGAAUUGGCCUUCAGAGCCGGCGAUGUCAUUGACGUUUUGGAUACCUUUGACAGGGACUGGUGGUGGGGAAGUUGUAAAAAUGAGCACGGAUGGUUUCCAGCUGCUUUUGUCAGGCUCAGAGUCAGUCAGGAGGAUACCGUAGAGGAUUGUCUCGCUGCCAUGGCAUCUGGAGUUUCGACAAAUUCACAGCUCAGAAGACGUACGAGCGUUUCUCUCCUGUCUAACGAACAAGUGCGAUCUAGUGUUGUGGGAGAAUUGGUGCAAACUGAACGUGAUUUUGUUAAAGUAUUGAGAGACAUAUCUAAGGGUUACAUAGCUGAGUGUAGGAGAAGGACGGACAUGUUCACGGAGGAUCAAAUAGACGCUAUAUUUAUAAACCUUGAAGAGCUUCUGGAUUUUCAAUCGGAUUUUUUAAACGACUUGGAAUCCGUUAUUGACUGGAAUGCGCUUCACAAAAGCUGCCUCGGAGAAUGUUUUCUUAAAAGGAAAGCGGGCUUCAGAAUGUACUCCGAAUACUGCAACAGCCAUCCAAUGGCGAUGGCGACUCUCCAGGAACUUUAUCAGCACAAUAGAUAUAGUAAAUUUUUUGAGGGGUGCAGAUUAAUGAGGGGGUUAAUCGAGAUUCCAUUGGACGGAUAUCUCCUUACACCGGUUCAAAGGAUUUGUAAAUACCCCCUGCAGCUCGCAGAACUUUUAAAAUACACGAAGGCCGAACAUCCGGAUUUUGAAAAAAUCAAAGAAGCUCUGGAAGCAAUGAGGGGAGUCGCGGUCUUGAUUAACGAAAGAAAACGAAGGAUGGAAAGCCUCGAGAAACUUGCCGCCUGGCAGCAAAGAGUGGAAGGAUGGGAGGCCGAGGACUUGAUCGAAGUUUCAUCGCAGCUGAUUCAUCAAGGUGAAGUCAUUAGAGUGACGACUGGGAUGUGGACCAAUACAAUAACGCUUUUUUUAUUCGACCAUCAAAUAGUCUACUGUAAAAAAGAUAUUCUUAAGCGAAAUACUUACGUCUACAAAGGGAGAAUCUAUCUGGAUACCAGUGAAGUCAUCGACGUCCCUGAUGGCAAGGAUCCUCAGCUCGGGGUUACCGUCCGAAAUUGUUUGAAGGUUUACAGCUGCGUUCGCGAUAAAUGGCUGCUAUUCUGCUGUAGAACCGCCGAUGAAAAAAGACAAUGGCUCGCAGCUAUGGCCGAGGAGCGCAGGCUUGUGAAGCAGGAUAGAAACGAUGGAUUAGAAUUUCCUCCCGCAGCAAGACAGCUCGCCAAAAUCGCCGCGACUAGGGAACGAUGCAGACCGCCCAGCAAACCGAGCAAUAAAACCUACAAGAGAAACUCCGCUUACGAAGUGCCGAUGCUCGCCGGACAGCAGGGUGCGGCGACGAAUUCUCUCGGCAGAAAAGUCGGCACCUGGUUUACAUUUGGUAGCAGUAAAAAGGGUACGAGGCACCACAAUCAACCGUCCUGAGCCAGGCCCACCUUCGUUCCAUACAUCGACUUGUAAAUUGGAUUAAAUCGUCCGAGGGAAGUUUAUCGUUGUGGUUCGAAGGUCAGCAGACUUUUUUAUUUUCUAUUUCCGAAAGGAUAUUUAUUAUUUUCCAUUAUAGAAUAGCAGCGACGUGUGAUUAGAUCAAUUCUUCCAGGAUUUUUAAUAUCUGGUGAUCGCUCCGGUUCGUUAUCAUUAAUAUUUAUAAGACGCGGAUUUCAUGAGAUUCGUAUAACGUACAUUCCUUGUACCGAGUUUGAAUAUUAUGGACGGUGGGAGAAAUUUUCUAAAAGAAUUUUUUCCUUAUUGUCUACGACGUUUUUCGUUUAAUGUUCGGUUUUUCCCUUCAUACGUUUGUUCUCGAAAUAAAAGGAAAAUGUCCUUGCCCGAUUGGAAACAAUAAUUAUUAUAGUAUGAUAGCUCGUGAAAUUCAAGAUAAAUAAUAUACACCCAAUUAAUUAAUUAACGGUUCGAUUUUAAUGAGGAUUGAUCAAUGGUCCACUAAAUUUCUAAAAGGCAUUAUAAAUAAUAAGGUAUUAUCAUUGAUAACGAAUAGUAAUCGAUACUCAAUAAUGUAGAUUAAUGACGACACGCGAUGCGAUCGUACUUUGUGAUUUAUUGUAAUCAUUGGAAAAUUCUUCGGUAGUUGAUAUAAAUCGUAGGAAAAAAAUGACAUAAAAAAAGUUCGUCUCAGAGAGACAAGAAUAAAAAAAAAAUUAACGUAUAGGUAAUAAAAAAUUGCUUGCCGUAUAUUCGAAUGGGUAUGUCAAAGUAGCGGUAUAUGCCUGUAGUGAAAUAUUCAACAUAUUAGUCGUUGGAAAAUAAUUUUUAGUUUUUACGUUAAAUCGGAACGAUCAUAAUUCCAGCUGUCAUCGUAGCCUAAUUGCAUUUCUCUAUAAUUCUUUAUCAAAUCAAUCCAAUUUUGCCGCGUAUAAAUACUUGCGUUAUACUGAAAGGUUGAAGUAGAGAUGUUGUCAUUUUGUAUAAAGUUUUAUUUAUUUAUUUUCAUCAUUUUAAUUAUUAUCCAAAAUCAAGCAACAUCGAGAAUCGUCUCGUACCGAUUCGCGUACAUAUAGAUUAAAAAGACUGAAGGCCAUAAAAUAAAUGCUUCCUUCUUUAUUUAAAUAACAUGAAUUGAAUUAAACAAGUAUAUAUAAAUAUAUACACGUAUAAAUAAAAUAAAAUAAAACGCCAAUUCUUUUGAUACGUCUAUCGAAAAUUUGUUGUUUUUUUUUUUUUGGUUCGGAAUAACUAUCAAUUUAUAACGCAUAUAAUCGUAUGAUAGAUCGAAACAUACAUGCACAUAACGUGUAACUAGAUUCUAACUACGCAUAAAACUGCCUAACCAACCACUACGCUGUAAAAUUAUUAUGGUAUACACGUAACUUUGCACUUAAGCUAAGAGAAAAAAAAAGAAGAAAAAAUAAGCCAUAUAAAAUUCGGUCUCGUUUCAACACACCUAUGUUGAUAUUCGUAUCUAGUUAUUUUUUUUCUUCUCUUCAAAGUACGAUGAAAAUUCUAUUUUAUUUUUCUUUUUGUUGUAAAUAUAAUGAAAGGUAUAAUGAAAUUACCGCAUAUAUUUCAACCGACACUUUACGGAGCUCUGAAUGAUGCCACAUUGCAUACAAUUAUGAGUAAAAAAAAAUGGAUAAAAAAGCAAAUAAUUGAAAUAUUAAAAGAAAAAAAAACUUAUCGACAAGGACAAUAUGACGAAUAUAUAAUAACUGGAGGAGCAAGCUUCCUAUUAUUUUUUAGAUAAAAAAAAAAUGAAAUGAAAAAAAAACCGAAUGAAAUAAAACUAUAUCCCAGUUGUUGAGCGUAUAUGUAUAUUAAUAUUCUAGAAAUUAAAAAAAAAGGGUCAGGGGGGGAAGAAAUUUGACCGCUACGAUUGUUUGUUAUCUAAAAUUAUACGAUCGUUUUAUUUGACUUCUUUUUAUUUUUGAAUUGAAUUGUUUGGAAGAUUUUCCGUGCCGAUAUAAAAUCCUUAAUCCAUAUACGAUAUUUUUGUAGAAAUUUUUCUUCCGACGCUUUGUCAAAUUGAAAAUAGCGGAAGAGAUAAAAAAAACCGAUGAAUUCAAUGGUAGUGUAUAUCUAUUACUUGCUAAAUAAUUUAAGUAUUCGAUGUCCAUAAUAUUUUCAACGAAAUAAUAUCAAAUUAGGUCACACUUAUUAUACAUAUUAGGUAUGUAAAUACGUGGUAUUACAUAAAUGAAGCACAUACAUAUUAAUAUAUUACUAAUAUAUCACUCAUAUAUAUGUGUAUAUACAUAUAACAUAAAAUAUUAUUAAAAAUACAAUAUAAAUGUUAAUUAUAAAUAUACAAUACUAUUGACCUGCGUAUAAGCGCAGCUAACAAGUUCUAAAUAGUUAAAGAUGGAAUUCACCAAUUUUCUAUAGCCAGAAUGUAAUUAAAGUUUAAAAGCAAAAAAAAAUCUAACACAAAACUGAAAAUAACUGUUCACUUGUAUUAUAUGUAUAUGUAUGCAUCGCACUUGAUUAAAAUUGUUCUUUCUAAUAUAUAAAUUAUCACACUGUGCAGUUAUCGGUGAUACAAAUUAGAAAAAUUAAACGAAAAUAAACAAAUAAAACUAAAUGAAGCAUAUACAUAUGUACGAAUAAUAUUAACAAGGAGAAUAAUAAUAAUAAUAAUAAUAAUAAUGAUGAUGAUGAUGAUGAUGAUGAUGAUGAUGAUAAAAUAACAAUAAUGAUCGUUUGAGUAAACUAUACCGCAUAUCUGUAGUGAUCUGAGAUGAAUUAUAAAAUAAUUUGAAGAAAAAAAAGCAAAAAAAGAAAAGUAACAAACUCUGUAACUUGCACAAAUUAUAAGUUAUACAUAUAUUGCUGUACUGACUAAUUACUGUGCUUGAAAGCAAUAAUAAUAAUUAAACAUUAUACAAACGAUGAUGAAGUAGAGACUCUGGCUAUUAUUAUUAUUGGGUACUUUUUCUCUAACUCUUAAUUUUUUUUUUUUACUCUUCUCAAGACAAAAAUAGCUACGUGUAUGCUAUUAAAAUAUGAGAAAUGAAUUUGAUUCAUAUUAUUAUUGUUAAUCAUCGAUUAUUGGUAAAUAGGUAAUUGCACGCAUUCAUAGGUAGGUGUAAUAGUAGUAAUAAUAAUAACAAUAAUAAUAUUAAUAGGUGCAUUUGAAAUUAACCUGAGUAGUACCGAUGUAAAUAUAAUAACAAUUAUUAUAUUUUAUAGAUGUAAAUAUAAACCUAAUCAUUAAAAAACAAAAAGAAAAAAAUUAAAAACUAAGAAAGGAAGAAGAAACUAAACAAAAUUGGACUAAUUGAAUAAAUCGUACAGAUAUUACUAUUUAGAUAUAAAAAAAAGAUUGAUGAAUGAGGUGAUGAUUAAUUAAUUGAUUAUUAACGAAUCAAUAAUAUAGGUAAUUUAACGAUAAUACUGUGCUCCGAAGUUAUAUUAUAACAUAGUUACCUAAUGACAUAAUACUUAUAAACAUUAAUACGGAGUUAA